AGUCGGUGUGGCUGUUACACACAAUGUACAGCCAAUGUGGGUGUAGACUUCCCCAGGUAUUGCAAUGAUCGUCCGGAAGUGAAGGAGGGAGGAAAGGCCGGUCCGGAGCCGGAGCUUGCGCGGCGCAGAGAUGCAGCGGAGCGUCGGGAGGACGCCGGAGACCCCGGGCACCUUGCAUCUGUCGCCGGAUCGCUGCCUGGCCGUCCUCUUGUCGCUCGCAGCUCUGGCCGCGCUCAUGACUGUGCCGCCCGCCUCUCUCCUGCUGCAGCCACCGGGACCCCAGCUGUCGCCCCUGCCCGCAGCUACCACGCGUCUGCUGCGCCCUGUCGCCCGGGGACUCGCCUCUCUGUCCGUGUCGCUGCACUUGUGCUGCCUGCUCCUCGCUCUGCUGCACGGGCACCUGGCGGCCGACGGACACCCGGACAGGGCUGGUUGGCUUCUCCUGAACAGCCGAUGUUCUCGACAGCUGGCUCUCUCUGCGUUCUGUCUGGGCGUCACUGCAUAUUUAGCAGCCCUCUGCAUCCACAUGCUGCUGGAGUUUGAGAAGCAGAGUGCAAUUGUGAGCGCCAGUAUCCUGGGCGCAGGAGUACUGGGAGUUGGCAUUAUCAUCGUCCAGGUACUGGUGAAGGCCUGUCGAGGGGGCAGGAACGGGUAUCCAGAGGCAGCUGCCACUUUGUUUGAGAACAGCUGCCCAUCAGGCGGCAGGUACCCGGAGCCUGAGCGUCUGGACCACGUAGAGGAAGAGGGGUCAUCACACGUGCCUGCCUUCCACAGGGAGACAGCCUACGAGCGUUACCGGGAGAAGAAGGCCUUCUAUGUAGCCACGUCUGCCGGCAGGGAUGGGUACGGGCGCUCGCAGGCACAGCCAGCUGCACGCGGUCUGCCGUCUGCUGAAUCCUGGGAUGGAGUCACCCACGAAAUGAGGCGAGUGCUGUCCCGUAAGGGAACGGUGUGCAGGAGGGACUCAACGCUGGUCUGAGCCCUGCUUUGCUGCCACAGGUCAGGCUGCAGGAAACCUCAGCCGAUUGGAGUAUCAGACUGUGUGACCCCUCUCCAUAUUAAUUACUGACUCUUCAGCCCUCCACCUCCACCACGGGCAAUGACUUUGCCCACAAGCCCACAACCUGCCAACCAUAACGCACAACCUCUCCGAGUAGAGCAGAGUGGAUCAGGGAAUUGGGCUGGAUUAGGAUCAGGCAUGAUCAGGUACAGGAGAAGGAAGACCAGGCCAACGACAGGAAAAUUAAAGUUACAACAUCUAACAGUGUUUUUUACCAUUAAGAAUGAGUUCAGAGAUUAAAACUGUUCUUUUAUUAGCUGUAGUAUUUGUGUGCCUUUAACACAAAUCUCAUUAAAAAUUAUUUACAAGCUUGUCCUAAAAUGGAGUGCAAUCAUUCGCUACUAUGUCAAUGAUGAAUUUUCUAGGGAUGAUGAUUUGGGAAUUACUUUACCCACUCCCCUGCCCAAUCCCCAGAAUGGCAAGACCAUCCCACAUUGCACCUGCGGCACCACCGACACCGACAUCGCAACCAGGACAAGCUCACCAGAUGCAGAGGAACACCACCAGCAGCAGCAGCAGGUAGCACCCUAACCUGGAGAUAGUACCACCAGUUCUUCAUCACGCCCGGGUCCAAGUCUCGGAACUCUCCACAACAGCACUGUAUUCUUGACAACAUCCAGGGAUGUGCAAUAAAUCAUAAACACAGGAGAUUCUGCAGGUACUGGAAAUCCAGAGCACAGCAGGUCAGGCAGCAUCCAUCGAAAUGAAUAAACAGUUGAUGUUUCAGGCUGCGAUCCUCCUCCUUCCCCCUUCCUUUCCAGUCCGAAGACAGGUUUUGGCCUGAAACAUCGAUAGUUUAUUCAUUUCGAUGGAUGCUGCCUGACCUGUUGAGUCCAGUAUCUUGUGUUGAUGUGUAAUAAACAUUGGCCUUGCACAGAUCCCGACAAUGAAUUACAAAACUUGUGUCCUUUUCUUCAUUUACCACCAGAAGAUAUAAAAAAUCAACUUAAUUUGUCACAUGUACAUCGACACACACAGUGAAAUGGAUCGUUCUGCACCAAAACAAAUCAGCAAGGCUUGUGCUGGGGCAGCCCACAAGUGUCAGCACACUUCCAGUGUCAACACAGCAUGACCACAACUGACUCACACUAACUCGUACGUCUUUGGAAUGAGGGAGGAAACCCAUGUGGUCAUGGAGAGAACACCUACAGACAGUGGCAAAAAUCAGAAUCAAUUGAUCAUGGGCACUGUAAAGCAUCAUGGUGUUCGCAAUACUACCGUACCGAUCACCCAAAGAAAACCCAUGCGGUCAUGGGGAGAACGUAUAAACUCCUACAGACAGCAGCAAAAAUCAGAAUCGAUUGAUCACUGGCACUGUAAAGUGUUAUGCUACUGGCGAUACAACUCUGCCGCCGUCAAUUUUUGCAGACAAUUCAGGGGGCGCUUCGAGAUCAGUGUUUGUGAUUCCCCAAAUGUCCCAGGGUCUUGAGCUACCAAACCACAGAGGAAGAGUUCAGAUGACACUGUCCAGUGCACACCUAUCAGUGUCUCUCAUCU